AUAGAUACAACUAUACAUACAGCAGAGUCUUAAAAAGCUAGUGUGUGAAUGUGUGUUUAUGAUUUCAAAACCUGUAUUUCGCAAAGUCAACGCCUCUCUUUCUCUUACUUUUCCUCUCAUAUUUCUCUAAAUUCUCGGUGUUUUUCUUUGUGAUGAUUCUUGAUUUUCUUCGUAUUUUACACCUCCAGUGCGUGUAAUCUGUGUGUUUUGUUGUUUUAUAGAUGGGUAAUGGUGUUGGGAAACUCACGGUCUGUUUCACCGGCGGCGAGAUUGUUCGCCGGAGAAAAGACCUCGCCGUCGUAAUAUCUGAUCCACUAGACGAUCUGGGUCACUCUUUCUGCUAUGUCAGACCCGACCCGGAUCGUGUUUCUUCCUCGAAAGUUCAUUCUGAGGAAACGACAACUUUCCGGUCAAUCUCCGGCGCCUCCGUCAGUGCGAACACUUCGACACCUCUAUCUACUGCUGAUCUGUCUUCUUACAAUAGUAUUGAUCGGGCCUCGGCUUUCGAGAGCUCGACUUCUUUUGCUUCUGUUCCCUUACAGCCUAUUCCCCGGAAUUCUGUUUAUUCCGGGCCUCUUUCCUCGAGUAUGGGUCUGUCUGGACCGAUGGAAAGAGGGUUCGUGUCGGGUCCGAUAGAACGUGGAUUUCUAUCGGGCCCGCUCGAACUUGAGAAAAGCUCCUCUGGUGGUCAGUUUAACAGGAGCUUUUCUCAUGGUAGUUUUGCUUUUCGUCGGAGAUCACGAAAAGGAUCAUCGUUUGUGCGGACGGUGAAGAAGGCAAUUUCGAAGACUAUUUCUCGAGGGCAGAAUUCGAUUGUUGCUCCGAUGAAAGUGAUGGUUUCUUUGAAAGAACAUGAUUGGGUGAAUGCUGGGAAUGAGAAGAACAAUGAGUUGACUAUUAGUAGUGUGAAUUUCAGCAGUGAAGGUAGUUUAGAUGAUGAUGAUUCAUUUCAGAGUCAAAAUUUGCAAUGGGCUCAAGGGAAAGCAGGGGAAGAUCGAGUUCAAGUUGUGGUUUCUGAGGAACAUGGAUGGGUUUUUGUUGGGAUAUAUGAUGGAUUUAAUGGUCCUGAUGCGCCGGAUUAUCUUCUGUCUAAUUUGUAUCCUGCUGUUCAUAAAGAGCUCAAGGGUUUGCUGUGGGAUGAUGAUAAGUUCGAUCUUACAAGUGAUAAGAAUUCUAAAUUAGAAACAGGGGAUGUGUCUUCUGUUGAUGAUACUUCUCGGGUUGUUGAAAAUAGUUUAUCAACGGAUAAGAGUAAGGUUGGAUGUUCGCGGGGAAUUGAGGUUGAAAGUUAUCCUGCUAGAAGCGGGGAUGUGAAUUUUGAGUUGAAUCCAAGAAGAAGAAAGGGGAGGAAUUCGAAAAUUAGGUAUAGAGGGGCUGCAAGGAAGUGGGAGGAGAAUCAGAGGAGAUGGAGGUGUGAAUGGGAUCGUGAAAGGUUAGAUCUUGAUCGGAGAUUAAAAGAAGAGGUACAUAGAAAUGAUGGAGGUGUUAGUCAUAAUGAGGUACUUAAAGCUUUAUCUCAAGCUUUAAAGAAAACUGAGGACGCCUAUUUAGGGAUUGCAGAUCUUAUGCUUAUGGAAAAUCCAGAAUUGGCUUUGAUGGGUUCUUGUGUUCUUGUUAUGUUGAUGAAAGGCGAAGAUGUUUAUGUAAUGAAUGUUGGCGAUAGUAGAGCUGUGAUAGGUCAAAAGGCAGAACCGGAUGUUUGGCGACAAGAUUUGGAGAGGAUUAAUGAAGAAACAUUGUAUGAUCUUGAGGGUUCUGAUGCUGAUAUUUCCUCUACAAUGCCAAGCCUAACUGCUUGUCAGCUCACCAUUGAUCAUAGUACUAAUGUGGAAGAGGAGGUGCAGAGAAUAAAAAAUGAACACCGGGAUGAUGCUUCUGCUGUGACAAAUGAGCGUGUGAAGGGUUCUUUGAAAGUUACUCGAGCUUUUGGUGCUGGCUUUCUUAAGCAGCCCAAGUGGAACAAUGCACUUCUGGAAAUGUUUAGAAUUGAUUACGUCGGAUCAUCUCCAUACAUCAGUUGUUUACCAUCCCUAUACCAUCACAGACUAGGCCCUCGAGACAGAUUCUUGAUAUUAUCUUCAGACGGGCUGUACCAAUACUUUACGAACGAAGAGGCUGUCUCUGAAGUUGAACUUUUCCUUGCUUGGUCUCCUGACGGGGAUCCUGCUCAGCAUUUAGUGGAAGAAGUGCUCUUCCGUGCAGCGAAAAAAGCUGGUAUUGAUUUUCAUGAAUUGCUGGAGAUACCACAAGGAGAUAGGCGACGCUAUCAUGAUGAUGUUUCAAUUAUUGUUAUUUCAUUGGAAGGAAGAAUAUGGAGAUCUAGCGUGUAAUUACUAAUUAAGGGAAAUCUCCACAGAUAAAUCAUAUAAAAGAAAUAUGCAAAAAAGAAAAAAGAGGGGGAAAUCCAUUUUUGAUGUUUUUGAUCCUAUAAUCAUCAUUGUAGUGUACCAAUUAAGAUCUAUUGGAGAGACUAGUUGUGCAUUGUAAAUGGUGAUUGGAUCUGUAAAGGUCUGAACUUGCUCUAUGUUGAUUAUAAAUUGUCAUAACAAAAAACUGUAAUUUCCUAUAAUAAAUGACAUUUUCUCAAAAGAA